GGUGACGUACAAUUGGUGCGACGAUGCUCUCUUGUUGUUGUCGCGUGCGACCACAGCGUGCGACUCCAAACCGUCAUGGCUGCCGUCGGUUUCUGUGGAGACUGGUUCGUUUCCACCUGUGACAAGACUCUCGUGGCCGUUCACACCAAACAGAGCAGAGAACCGUUUGUAUUUGACUGUAGCGCUGCUGAGAAGAAGCCAAAGAACACAACAGAUGACAACAACAGUGAUGAGGGUGUCUCAGAGGAAACAGGAAGUGACAAAGUCCUUGCGUUCACGGUGUCUCCCUCUGGAAAGCUGGUGGCCCUGACUGAUGACACAAAGAGACUGGUUCUUUUUCACUGUGAGCCUUCAUGGCAGUGUAUCAGCAUCAGGUGGGUGGUGAGGAGGUGCACAGCCCUUGUGUUCAGCCACGCCGAGGACGAGCUUCUGGUGGCGGACAAGUCAGGAGACGUCUACUCCUUCUCAGUGGUGGCACCACAGAGGGAGGGGGAGCUGAAGAUGGGACACCUGUCCAUGUUGCUAGCCAUGACUAUGUCGCCGAAUGACAAGUACAUCAUGACAGCUGACCGAGAUGAGAAGAUCCGAGUGAGCCACCUCCGGUGUCCAUACAACAUCCAGUCCUUCUGCCUGGGACAUCAACAGUUUGUCAGUGCUUUGCUGGUCCCAUCAACUCAUUCCCACUGUCUACUGUCUGGAUCGGGGGAUGGGACUGUGAAGCUGUGGGAGUAUGAGUCUGGCCGUAGGCUCCAGAGCUGGGACCUCACAGAGCUUGAAGAGACACCAAGCUCUGAGGCUGAGAGAGAACAGAAGAAGCCAACUGUGUGUCGUAUCAGCAGCUCCCCUGAUGGAUGCCACAUAGCUGUGCUGUGUGAAAGAGUGUCCACAGUUCAGUUCUUCACCCUGGAGCUGGUGGGAACAGAGAGGCUCACGCCUCACAGUCGGCUGUGUCUGCCACACUGUCCCCUAGACAUGACCUUUGACCCAGAAGGACGGCUCUGGGUGCUGAUGGACUCCCAUGAUGCACCGCUCCAAAUUUACUCACACAGACGAGGCUACUGGGAGUGUGAUGCUGAGACGCCUGAACUCAUCACAGUCAAAGAGGCCUUCAGACCACACUGGGAGACGCUUGAAGCCUCCACCAGGACCAACAGCAGGUUUGAGCACCUGCACAAGAUGAGUUUCGACAAUGUGUCGUCGUACCUGCAGAAGAAGCAGCAGCGACUGGAGGAGCAGCAGCUGAAGAGGACGAUGACGCAGGAGAAAAACGACAAGAAGAAGAAGACCAAGAAGGAGACGACUCCGUCAUCUACCUAAACAUGACCUCCUUUGUGUUUGAUGCUUUGAAUGAUGAAUCUAAGGUGUACAUUGAUGACGUCCUUGGAGACUGUAGAUGGAUUUUUUUCCCCACACAUAAUGCACCUACAUUAAAGUCGGGCCUGCUGUCCACUCUCUACUUUGA